AAUUUUUUCGCCGCAAGUCAUACGGUCAUAAGGUCAUACUUUUCUUCAUAUUUCAAUAUAUUCAGCUCAAAGAAGGAAAAAAUUCCAAAAUGAAGUCCAUAAUACUUACAAUUUGCUUUAUAAUCUUAACGUCCAGAGGCCUGUAACAUAACCUCCACAUUUUUCCGUUUCUCCAGAAAAUUAUUUGACCAGUCAUCGGAAAAAGGUUAUCGUCAGAAAUUAAUAACCUCCAAAAUAUACUUUGCCAGGCAUGCCAUGUCCAACUUUUGAGUAAUUGCAACCUUAUUGAUGAGCGAAUGUAUAAAGCACUCAAAUUGUGUUGAUCGUUGCCAACUAUUGGAUAAAAAUCAAUAUAGGAAUGAUUGCGUUGUAAUAGUGUGUGAAAAUAGCACAAAACUCUCACAAUAUCCCUGCGUAUCAACCGGAAUAUGUAUUUCACGGUGCAGUCUUAAAAUGCCAAGUCGUAGCUCAAGUUGCGUUAUAGAUGUGUGUUUCAAUAAGGGAAGACCAGCACCUCCGAAACCACCUACUAGCCCACCUACUAAACCACCUACUACGCCAGUACCUACUAAUUCAGUACCUACUACACCAGUAUCUACUACACCUAGUAAAUAGUGAUGUGCCCUGCUUACAAGCUGUAUAAUUAUUUCAAUAAAAUUUUAUUAAUGUUAUAAAA